GGGGAGGAGUCAGCACGCGACGACCGGCGAGUCCCUCCUGCGGUCAGACGCCGGGCCUGCUUUUGUUGGCGUGUGUGACCUCCCGGCUGGACCUCGUGGCUGCCAGGUGCUGAGAGACGCGGCUGUGGGUGGACGGAACAGGUCCUGUGCUGCGGAGAGCUGGUACCUUAAGGUGCAGAUUGGGAUUUUGGAUUUCUGAAGCCCUCUCCAGUGUUAGCACAUCCACGAUGUCGGGUGUGCAAUCAAAAGCGGCCAGGCUUCAAAAGGAGCACAAGGAAAAGUUCUUAGCAGACACGGAGAGGGAAAUGGCCUCCUCCGAGGAUUUAAAGUACAACCACGUAUCGGCAGCCAUGAUGAAGAAGUUUAAUGCUUUAAUGGAAAUGCAAGACAUGAUGUUCGUGGAGAUGAGAGAAAGCCUUAAAAAUGACCUAAAGGAAAUGCUGGUAAAACAUACGCCACCUGAGGUGAAGAGUUUGCAGGAGAGCGCGCAGCAGGAAGGAAACGAGUCCGCCUCAGAGAAAGUGGAGGAGGGAAGUUCUGAAACAGAUGAGGACACCGAAAACCUCUCGGUGAAAAGCGAGGAGAAGAGCCAGCUGAGUAGGAAGCAGGACAAAAAACAACCCAACAGCAGCCGCGGUGUGAAACCAUCACCAGAGAGGAUGGGAGAAGCCCAGCAUCAUGUAGAUGAGGGGUGUAGAGAGAGCAGGGGCCAUGUAGACCUUCUAGAAGGAAAGGACCUGGAGAAUGGGGAGAAAGAAACAAGCCAUGGGAACAAAGAGAGCCUCCCAAAAGCCUCCGGAGAGGGCGGUGCGCCGGAAGAGAGAGCGGUCCUUAGGCUGGCUGCCGACUUCUCAGCCGCCACGCUGGAUGUUAACAGGCGGUGGGGCCGUAUCUUCCGUCUUCUGAAGGAGACAGAGCUGGAACCCGAGCUGCAGUGCUCAGUUAAGCUAGCGUUUAAAUGCGAUGGCGAAGCAAAGACUUUCUCAGACCUUUCCAGCCUCCGACAGUUUGCCAGCAGAAAGCCUUUUCUGCAAGAAUUACUGAAAGAUGUACUCCCACAAAAUGAAGCAAGAAAUGGAGGAAGAAAUCAGCUUCAAGAAAGAUUGGGUAAAACUCUAGGAGACACAAAGCGUGAAGCUGGGAGAAUAGCAAGCGAUAGCUUGAGCUUCCUCUUCAUCAACGAGGUAAACGUUGCUAGCCCAAACAUGAAGACUUCUCAAGAAGAAACAUUGCAACAGAAGGAUAAAGAAACCCUCGCGUUGGAGAGGCAGGAGGUCUCAAGGCUAGAGGAGGGAAAAGUCCCGGAGGUGGAGGGAGAAGAAGAAAGUUCAGAGGGAGAGGCCUCGGAUACGGAGUAUGAAGAGGGUUCAGAGUUGGGGGAGGAGGAGGAGGAGGAGGAGGACUCAGAGUUGGGAGAAGAAGAGGGCUCAGAGUUGGGGGAGGAAGAACAGACCUCAGGAGAGGAGGAAGAGAGAGAAGAGCACUCAGAGAUAGCGAAGGAGGAAGAGGCCUCUGUGCUCCAUGAAACACGAGGCUCAACCUUCCAGGGCCUUACUGUGGUAGAGGAGCAUGGAGUUGAGAAAAUCACCAGGAGCGGAGAGGAGAUUGGCUUAAUUAGUUUGGUAGUAGAUUCUGAAUCAGAAAAAGAAGGAAAUGUGAAGGAGACCUUCCAUGGCCUGAGAGAACUUGCCUUUAGCUACUUGGUUUGGGACUCUAAGGAAAAGAAGCUGGUCAAGUACCAAGAGGGAGGAACAGCUGCCAUGACUAGUCAGGGGAUCGGGACACCCUGCCUAACCUUGUACUUGGCUUCUCCGUCAGAAUCCCUAGAGGCAGGCGGUGACGGCACUAAAAGCCGCUCGUGUACAAGCCUGAGUGUUCCAUCACAAGUCACUCCACUUUUAGUGAACGUGGAGAAAGGGAGAUACAAGACCCCACAAAUAGAAGAGCUAACAGCCAAAGAAGCAGACUUGAUCCAUGAAACUGAAGAAAACUUUAGAAGAAGUGUGAUCGGUACUAUCAGACAGAUGCAAAGGGAGGUUGAAAAUAUUAAAAAACUUUACUUUUUCGAUGUCUUAAAUAUGAAGAGUUCAAUGGAUGAUCUGAAUUCCUUAGCCUGCAUGAUUGAAGCGAGAGUGAAUGAACAAGAAGAUGCGGUGGAAGGGCUGACUAAGGAGACCAUGCAACUGGCUAAGGAGAUCGUGGACAAAGAGAGGCUGAGAGAGAGAGAGGACAGAUUGCGAAGCUCCAACAUCCGAGUGAUAGGAAUCCCAGAAAAAGAAAACCGAGAAAAUGGAGCAGAGGACAUAAUUAAGGAAGUAAUAGAAGAAAACUUUGCCGAGCUGGAAGACCAGAGUCUCGAGAUCAUCUGUGCUCACCGAAUCCCUAACUCAGUGGAUGAGCACAGACUCACACCUAGACACAUCUUGGUGAAGUUUUGGAGUGCUGGUGACAAGCAGAAGAUCCUAAAAGCUUCUAGAGCAAAAAAAGAAAUAACCUACAGGGGAACAAAAAUCAGACUGACAGCUGACUUAUCACCCGGAACCAUCGAUGCGAGAAGCCAGUGGUCCGGGAUCAUCAAAGUUCUGCAGGAAGAAGGCUUUCAACCGAGAAUCCUCUAUCCGGCCAAGCUGGCGUUUGAUUUUAAGGGUAAAACCAAGGUCUUUUUUGAUAUUGAAGAAUUUAAGAAGUUUGUUUCUGAUAUACCCUUUUUGAAAGAACUGUUGAACAAUAUAAUUUAG